GCUAUAAAAGGUUAGUGUCACACUGCGAUGUCAAUAGUUAUUUCUAACGUUUUACAUAGAACAAUAGAACAAAACCUAGCAAACAUGAAGUUCGUCAUUGCCGUAGUCCUGCUUGCCUUGGCUUUGGGUGCCAACUCCUCAGUUUUGCCCUGGGGACCAGUUGUUGUGGGUGGACCCCUACCCGGUACAGUAGUACUUGGAGCUCAUCCCCAUGCUGCCGUUACAGUAGCUGCCCACCCACCUCAUGUUGUUGCUGGCCCUGGACCUGUUCAAGUGGUCUCCGGUCCCGUUCCAGCUGUAGUUGCUGCCCCUCAUGUAGUUGCCGCUCCACAUGUUGUUGCCGCUCCUGCUGUAGUUCCAGCUCAUAGUGGUACUUUCGUUGCCAAGACCCGUGGUGCUGUACAUGUUGCCCCAUUGGCUGGUCAUGCACAAUCUGUGGCCUCAGUUAAUCUGCAACCUGCUCCCGGAACCGUUUGAAUUCAUUCAUUGAUGAAAUAAGAGAAACUAACCAUGUCGCACGCUUUUUCUGCUAUCUAUCGCCUAUGCUCCUUCCAUUGCUACUUCGCCUUUCUUUCAGAUUUCCUGUCUUAUACAUUCUAAUCUUACUUGUCCUCACCACUGUCCUCUAAAUCAUUUAUAAUUUACUCUUAACUGUGACAUUCUGAAAAUUUGUGAAAAAUAAAUGUGCAUUAAGUCAAAUAUGCCAAAAUGUAAAUAAAUAAAAUUAUUAAUAAAAUAA